GUUAAACCUCUUUUGCUCUCACCGCUCCUCUUGCUCGCUUCGAAGCUUCAAACGCACAGAGGAAAUGGCGUCUAUGUCUAAUCAUAAUGCUUCUUUUGGAAUCAGAAUAGCUCCUUCACCUUCUCAGAAACUCUCUUUGAAACCUGUUUCUCAUAUCUCGCUACCAACGAAGCUCAAGCCCUCUUCUCAGCCGUCGAUUUCAUGCUCUACUUCGAUUCCGGCCAGAGUAUCCGGAAUAUUCGCAUCUUCCUCUUAUUCUGAUCCUAUCUCCUCUCAUGAACCGCCAGAAUCUGACUCUCCGUCCCUUGGAAAGAAGAAGCUGCGUGUGAUGGUGAAACCAUUGGACAAACCAAGAGUGGUACUAAAAUUCGUGUGGAUGCAAAAGGACAUAGGAGUAGCACUAGACCAAACGGUACCAGGAUUUGGAACAAUCCCAUUAAGUCCAUACUACUUCUGGCCUAGGAAAGAUGCUUGGGAAGAGCUCAAAGCUUUGCUAGAGAGCAAGCCUUGGAUCUCCGAGCUUCAUCGCGUCUUCCUACUAAACCAAGCUACAGACAUCAUCAAUCUCUGGCAAUCAAGCGGUGGAGACUUCUCUUAAAUCAAAAUCUCACUUCUCAAAGUCCAAACCUAUCUACUUUUGUAUGUUUUAUCAAACCUCUUAAAAUCACCAACUUAUGUUUUGUAAUGGAAAAUCAAGUGUUAUAACAUAAAAAAACACAGACUUUCAUUUAAAGACACAGACUUUCAUAUAAAGACAAGCAAACAAUUUACAAACCUGCCCAAGUCCAAACCUUUAUCUUGUUUUGUAUGUUUAUCAGAACUCUUCGAUCACCAACUUAUGUUUUGUAAUGGAAAUCAAGUGUUAUAACAUAAAAAGACACAAACUUUCAUAUAAAGACACAGACUUUCAUAUAAAGACUAAAGCAAACAAGAUGAUGAUGAUAAUGAGAGAGUGUUUAAUCAAAGUACUUAGACAUCUGAAUCCCUCUAUUAAACAUCCCACACUUCUCAUAAAACACUUUCUUCUCAACACUACAAUCUAAAAUCACCUUGUAACAACCCAUCUCUCUGCUAUGAUCCGUAAGAAACUCAACCACUCUCUUUCCCAGAUGCUUCCCGCGAAACUCCGAAUCCACGACAACGUCCUCUAUGUGCCCAACUUUCCCGCAGCUUCUUAAGAACUUCUUCUCUAUCAUCACGCUCCCCGUGGCCGCGAUUUUACCGGAUGACGUGUCCUCGAUCACGCAGAUCAAGUGGUCGUCUCCGUAUGAGCUGAUCUCUUGGAAACGUUGAUCGAAUUCUUCGUCGGUUAAGGAUCCGGUUACGGUGAGUUGACCGAGAAGCUCGAUGUAUCCUUUUCUCUUGUCGGAGAUCUCUAGUUUUCGGAUUUUGAAUGUCGGAUUCGAAAUGCUGGUGUCGGAGUUAGAAGGUUCCGCCAUUGCAGAUCGAAAGAAGAGUUUUUGAGUUCUGUUCAGAUUUGC